CGUGAGUGGGAGGGUCCUCGGCGCCGUGACGGGGACGGGCUGGGGGAGACGCGGCCCCGCCGCUCCCUCUGCCCCCGAGGGCCGGGCCUGGGCCUUGUGGAGGCCGGGGAGCAGCGGGGGCCUGUACCAGCCUGACGGCCAGGGUCGGCACAUAAAUUCGGUCGUGAAGUAGGCAGAAAAAAGCGAGGUCUGUUUGCUGGUUCCUGGGGAACACCUUACUGUGUAAGUUCAUAAAAAAGGCAUGAUGCUUCGGAAUCCAGAUAAAGACGUGCAGUAGUAUUCCAAAACACCAAAAAGACCACUUCUUGGUGGCGGGCAAAACAUUCGAUUUUAAGACAGAAGUUCUACAAGAGUGAUGCUAUUAGUAAAGAUGUCAUAUUUAAUCAAAGGAAUUAAACGUUACAGUCCUAUGAUUGAAAUGCAUAAAGUAACAGGAGCUCUGUUUAAAGCACGCAUACUAAAGAACAUCUUAGGCAGCAAUGAACAACAAUCUAAGACCUCACAUACGUUGUCUCAAUUUCAUUAUGAAAAUGCAAACUCUCAUAAUUACAUCAUUGUUGGAGCUGGAUCAGCAGGGUGUGUAUUAGCCAACAGACUGACUGAAGACCCUCUCAGUACUGUACUACUUUUGGAAGCAGGCCCUAGAGAUACCCUUCUAUGUAGUAAAAGACUGAUGUGGAAGAUUCAUAUGCCUGCUGCAUUAACAUAUAACCUGUGUGAUGAGAAAUAUAACUGGUAUUACCACACAACAUCACAAAAGCAUAUGGAUAAUCGAAUUAUGUACUGGCCCCGAGGCAGAGUGUGGGGUGGCUCCUCAUCUCUGAAUGCUAUGGUGUACAUUCGUGGGCAUGCAGAAGAUUACAAUCGGUGGAGCAGGGAAGGGGCUGUAGGAUGGGACUAUGAGCACUGCUUGCCUUAUUUUAAGAAGGCACAGACACAUGAACUGGGACCAGAUCAGUACAGAGGUGGAAAUGGACCCCUGUAUGUGUCAAGAGGGAAAACAAACCAUCCUCUUCAUCAUGCAUUCCUGGAGGCAGCCCAGCAAGCUGGGUAUCCAUUCACAGAUGAUAUGAAUGGUUAUCAGCAAGAAGGAUUCGGCUGGAUGGAUAUGACUAUACACAAAGGUCAAAGAUGGAGUACAGCUAGUGCUUACCUUCGUCCAGCCAUAUCACGCCCAAAUUUAUCAGUCACAGAGAAGACAUUGGUAACAAAAAUCUUGUUUCAAGGAACAAAAGCCAUUGGUGUUGAGUAUAUGAAAAAUGGACAGAAGAAAAAGGCAUUUGCCAGUAAGGAAGUUAUUUUAAGUGGAGGUGCUAUAAAUUCUCCGCAGCUGCUUAUGUUGUCUGGGAUUGGCAAUGCAGAUGAUCUAAAAAAACUGGAGAUCCCUGUUGUUUGCCACCUUCCUGGAGUAGGCCAGAAUCUUCAAGAUCAUUUAGAAGUGUACGUUCAGCAAAAGUGCACCAAACCUAUUACUCUGUAUAAUGCACAAAAGCCAAUUAACAUGGUGAAAAUUGGUCUAGAAUGGCUUUGGAAGUUUACAGGUGAGGGAGCAACUGCGCAUUUAGAAUCUGGUGGUUUUAUCCGAAGUCAAGCAGGGGUUCCUCACCCCGACAUUCAGUUCCAUUUUCUCCCUUCUCAGGUGAUUGAUCAUGGUCGGGUUGCUUCUAUAAUGGAAGCUUACCAGGUCCAUGUGGGACCCAUGAGGAGCACAAGUGUGGGCUGGCUCAAGCUGAAGACUGCAAACCCAAACGACCAUCCUAUCAUUGAGCCUAACUAUAUGUCGACAGAAAGAGAUAUUUGGGAAUUCCGCCAGUGUGUCAAGUUGACCAGAGAGAUCUUUGCUCAAAAAGCAUUUGAAAAAUUUUGUGGGCCUGAAAUUCAACCGGGAAACCAUGUUCAGUCUGACAAAGAAAUAGAUGCUUUCAUAAGGCGGAAGGCUGAUAGUGCUUAUCACCCUUCCUGCACUUGUAGAAUGGGUCAGGUUUCAGACAGCACUGCCGUCGUUGAUCCUCAAACAAAAGUAAUUGGAGUUGAAAACUUGAGAGUAGUAGAUGCCUCAAUAAUGCCUAGUGUUGUCAGUGGGAAUUUGAAUGCCCCAACUAUUAUGAUAGCAGAGAAAGCUGCAGAUAUAAUUAAGGGGCUUCCAUCACUUCAUGAGAAAAACGUUCCUGUAUAUAGGCCCAAGACCUUGGAAACACAGCGAUAAACAAUGGUUUUAUCCUCUCACACCUUUUGCCACUUUGGCUUUCGCUCACAUGUUGGUGUCUCAUACUGGAGUUGCCCACAAAAUAAAUGCUAUGCAAAUCAACA